AUAAAGAGGCUACAAUGCUGGAUGGCAGAGAUGUUCGUACUACCCAGAGCACAGGGUUUGGUGCUUACUACAACGACCACUACAGUGUCUUUGAGUGUCUGGGGUUGAUGCUGAUGAUGAUGGAGAGUGGAACUGGGUUUGGGGCUAUUUCUGUUUCGCUAAAAGGAAACUUGAGGUUAAAUAGUGUGAAAAGGGUACCACUUGGAGCUAUGCCGGAAAGCUUUGGAGGAGAAUAUUGUUGUUUAUUUGGGGACAGGUUGUGGGACGACCACAUUGCUGUACUGCUUAUACAUGAGCUGGGUCACUUGACAAGGAAGCCCCAGAAGAGCAUAUGCAUCAUCCUUGCCCCUACGGUGGCUCUGGUUCAGCAGGCUAUAUGGCUGGUACAUUGCACAAUAAUGAAGUGAUGUGCUCUUUGGCUUGGCUGAAGUUGUAGGUAUGUAGGUCGUGAGAAGCGGGUAGGGCUGUUGCUUUUUAGUGCUUAUGUAUGGAAUUUCUCAUUGUGAUUCUAGAUUUUAAGAAGGGGCAUUCUAAAUCUAGGUACUUCAAGUUCACAAUGGAAGGGAGUUUGGCAUUUUAUCAUCAGAACCAUGAUUAUACUAUGAACUGUGAACUCAUGAUCCCUUGAAAUAUAUAAACAAAAUCAAGAUAGGGCUAGACUACCAAAUAGUACAAAAGCAUCAAUUCCUAGAACCCAGGAUUCAAUUCCUAGAAAUUGACCAACCUUGAUAGUGCAGAAGUUUGGGCUUACUCUUUAAACAGCUAGGUGAUAUGUAUUGUAAGCAAGCAAAUAAAGGAUUGUGUGGCCUCUUUAUCUGUUAAUUGGGGUCUCAUUCGUCAAUUGAUGAUUGACAAUUGUGAAAGAAAAAUGCAAAACUCUAAUUAUGAUUUAUGAGGCAUGACCCAGUAGAACAAGAAGCUCUAAUGAGGAAUUUCAUCUUGAAGGACUGAGACAACCCCACUGAUACCCUUCUUAAAGAUAUGGGAAAACAAGUUUUAGAAUAACCUCUCCACUACUUGCACAGUUGCCUUCAUUACUGCUGUGCUCUUCCUUCUGUCUUAAAUUUAAAUAAAAUAUCUCAUUUAUUUCUAAUUCUCUUUGUGAUUUGGUGAGUAAUGACUUUUCCAUCCUUUCACUCAUAAUAGCACUUCCUCAUUUUAUAAUAACUGGAAAUUUUACCGCAAAAUGGGUAUUCACUCUUCAAUAAUUGAUAGAUUAACAUUGCCAAAAUGUAUAUAUUUCCUAUUCUCUUGGAUAAACAUUGUAAUAGACAGCUUAAGAGGUUCGAGACCAUUGUUGUUUGUUGGUUAUAGUUGAAUUAGAUUGGCACUGAUGGAAAAGAAAUUUAAAUUAGAAUAUGUGAUUGCCAGCCCUUUACAUCAUUUUAAGUGGUCAUUGGAAGUAACAACUGAGAGAAGCAUACUGCUUGUGUGUAUGAUCUAUGUGAUUUUGGGUCCAAUGCUAGUGUUCACAAACACUUUUAUGGGAUAAUGUCCCAAUAUGGAAUUUUGUUGAUAGAUCUCAUGUGCAUGAUUUAUAUUGUUCUCUGCAUCUCAACCUGCACUGGAAAAUGUAUCCUCAAGAUUUAAAUGAGCCCAUAUUAUUCCUUAGUUUUGGUUUGGUUCUCCAUUUUACAGGACAUCAGAUAGUUCUGCUUCCAGUCAUUAUGGAUAUCCUUAUUGUACAUUAGAAAAUAUUUACAAUGCUUUGCUAGUAU